AUGGUUUCAACAAACGCUUUGAAGUGUCAAUGUCAGUGCUGUCGAUACUUUGGACGAGUUCAUUCGACAGACAGUGCUCAAUGUGCAUGUACACCAACGAAUCAAGGCAAACCGUUUGCAUGCGGUGGUACAAGUAAAAUUUGGUCUCCUCGUCAUUGUGUUAAACUGGUUCGGCCAACUUACAACCCUUUCGCACCAAAUAUUUGUUGUCAGUUUAUUACUAUUUCUUAA